AUGUUGUCUAGAUCCUUGAUCGCCCGUUCGGGCCUCUCCAUAUGUCGUCUUUUCUCGACGACUACGCCGGCCCUUGCACCUCCUUCCAAAAAAGCCCGUGAUAGAAAAGAAGAAAACAGAGCCAGCGCCAGAAGACUAAUGAAAAGACGUGCUCAGCAUAGAGCCCCAGCUUCCAAGCACCCACUAUACAUGGACAUUCCCACCGCCAUGCGCUACUUGCGUGCUGCUGAAGUGGGUAAGUCUCCUGGCAAAACCACCGUCACUGCCCACGUUUCCCUUGUCCCUUCAAAGUCAUCUUUCCCUGUCCUGGGAAAGAUCUUCUUCCCCAAAGCCAUCAAAGACACACUGGCACUCGUUCUUGUAAAUAAUUCCGAAAAGCAGGAAGCUCUCAAAGAAAUCCCUGGUGUUACAGUUGGAGGUUCUGAUCUCAUCAGCGAAAUCAGAGACGGCGCUUUCAAUUUAGCCAAAAUCGACCAAGCCUACGCUGAUCCAGAUGUCGUGGGUGAGUUAAGACUGAUUGCCAAAAUUCUCGGUCCUAGAGGCUUGAUGCCCCUGGAAAAGAGAGGUACUGUUGGCAAAGAUAUUCUCAAAACCGUGAAGGAGAACUUCGGUGCCUAUUACUUCAAACAGGGUGGUGAAGAAAUGGCCAUUCCAAUCGGACGUUGUGAUUUUAGUGACGAGGAAAUUAUUCGUAACUUAAAGGCUGCUUCCGAUGCCCUUCAUGACAGCCAGGUUGGCCUUAAAGAUCCCGUGAUGAUUGGUCGCUCUCAUGAGCCUGAUCGUGUGAUGAAGCUGCCUGUCCGCAAUUUCCAGCCAUCCAGUCCCUCGCCACUUUCGUCUGGUGAUCCUCCACCAGCUGCUCUGCUUUUGCAGCCUCCUCCACCGACCACCCUGGUCCAUGCUAAAGAUAGCGUUCCAUCAAACUUACUAGAGAAGCUUCUGACGUUCCCCUUGUUCAAAGAUGCUCCACCGCUGUUCCAUCAUAAGGUUGCUUCUAAGCUUAAACUAGUCCAAUACACUCCCCAAGAAUAUGUUAUAAAAGAGGGUGACCCUGCUUUGUCCAUGUACUGGAUUCUUAAAGGUACUGUCAGCGUCACUUCUCCUGAUGGUGACUCGGUGUACGCUGAGUUGAACCCGGGUGCUUUCUUUGGUGAAAUCGGUAUCCUCUUCAACCGACCACGUACUGCCACUGUUGUUGCUCGUUCUCGUGUGCUUUUGGGUGUGUUAACAGCUGAUGCUCUCAACACGGUCUUGCGUUCCUACCCCUUGAUCGAACGUCGUAUUCGUGAUGAGGCUCAAGAGCGUCUAGCUAUGCAAGACAAGAAGAAUAAGGCUGACAUUCCGAUUCUCAGGCCAAAUAACUCCCCAGCACCCGACAGUUGGCCAAACCAAGUAACGUCUACAUCCACAGCGCCUACUCUACUGGUAUCCAAUCCUCUGCCGCUAUCGCAAAUUGUGACUGCAUCACGUCGUGUUUCCAUUUCGUCUCCACUUGUUAUGUCCCUAGAUAACGUCGAUCAAACGAUAUCAAUCCAAGAUUUUAUCAAAACAGUCCCCAUCUUUGCAAACCUACCGCCUGACCUCAUACACCGCCUUGCACUCGGUGCUGACCCGCUAAACUUCAAAUCCUACGAGUUCAUAUUCCGUAAAGGAGAUCUUGGCUCUGACAUUUAUUUUGUUGUUGACGGUGAAGUUGAGGUCAUCGAUGAUGGUGAAAAUAAGGAUAAGUCAGAGAGAAUCUUAGCACGUCUCAAGAAAGGCGCCUAUUUUGGGGAAAUGUCAUUUUUAGAACUUGCUCAAAAUGGCAAGAUCGUUAAACGAAGCGCUUCCAUCAGAACAGUCACUUCAGUUGAGCUCAUCGUGAUUCGAUCGCAUCAAUUAGAGAGAAUAUGCUCCAAGUACUCGCAUUUUGUUGACGAAAUAAGAAAGACUGUCUUUGAGAGAAAGUUGAUGAAUCAAACACAAAACAUUGGGGUAGGGCUGGCUCUGCCCAUUGUUAUGCCUGAAAGAAGACGCAGCAUUGCAGUGGAGACUGUUAAUCUGAGAGCUUCUCUGAACCUCUCGCUCGCAAACAACCGUCAGCUUUUAUCUCCCGAACCAUCAUUAUUCAACCCCAACUGGGGUGGAUUUUCUGCGUUCGAUUCGUCGCACACGAAAACUUCAAGGUCCGUCUCUCCUGCUUCCUCGAUCGACCCUGAUGCCGUGCAAGCGAAGACGCCUACAUCGCUCACGGUCGAUUCUUGUGAGGGGAUUGGGCGGAAACGAAGGUCAGUUUGCAGAAGUGUUUCUCCUCUGAGGCAACUACCGGAGGGACCUCUUGAUCUCAAUGUCCCCCCAGCAAAGCUUUUCGAUCAAGUGAACAGCUUUCCUUCUAGCAGAAGGCCUUCAUUUCAGUACAUGCCCCAUAGCAAGAGAAUGAAGCUUGCGAGUUUGGCGGGCCGUCGUCGGUCUUCGGUUCUUGUUAGCCCAGGCUCCAUGCCAGACAAGAUUCUACUAAAGGUUUUCGAGUUUCUUGACUUACCAGUUCUUAUGAAAUUGAGAAUCGUAAGCCGUCGUUGGCGUCAGCUACUAUACAUGGCCCCCAAUAUCUGUCAGCGGUUAGACCUAACUCCCUGGAAUACAACGAUUACCGAUGAUGCGCUAAUAGCCAUAACUGACUUUGUUGGUUCACGUACACAGUUCAUUGAUAUCUCCAAUUGUUUUCAUAUCACGGACGAAGGCUUUAGCUAUAUGGUGAACGAAAUUGGUAUGGCCGGUAAUCUUAAACUGAUAAGAAUGAUGUCUACAUGGGAAGUUAGUGCAAUGGCUAUCAUGGAUUUGGCUUCCCCGUCUGUUGGCAGCCAACUAGAGGAAAUUGAUCUCUCCAACUGUCGAAAAGUAAAUGACAACGUCGUUCAGAGAUUGAUAGGGUGGUCUGAUGAAACUCGAAGAGAUCCGUCCUUUGGCGAUCAACAUAAUCAGAUGGGCUCAAAGAUCCUAAAGCGCCUCAGUCUCAGUUAUUGCAAGGCUCUCACUGAUGACGUGAUGCAUCAUAUUGCAAGCAAUGCCAAUGAAACUCUCGAAUCUUUGGCCCUCACACGCUGCACUACGAUCACCGAUAUGGGCUUUCAGUAUUGGACCUACAGGACAUUCCCCAAUUUAAAACGGCUCUCGCUCAAAGAUUGCACCUUCUUGACCGAUAAGUCAAUUAUUUCGGUUGCCAACGCAGCCCCACACUUGGAAUCUCUAGAUCUUAGCUUUUGCUGUGCUCUUCUGGACACUGCUGUUGAAGUAUUGUGCCUAGGGUGUCAGAAUUUACAGUCUUUGGAUCUUUCAUUCUGUGGAUCAGCUGUUAGUGAUUCCUCAUUAGUCGCAAUUUCUUUACAUUUACGAAACCUCAAGAGAUUACUGGUCAAAGGCUGUAUCAGAGUCACAAGAGCCGGAGUCGAUGCCCUACUCAGUGGGUUCUCGCCACUAACUUACAUCAACGUUAGUCAAUGUCGAAAUGCUCAUGUCUAUCCAGGUAACAUGCCGGCUCAAACGCUUCAAAUCAACCCAUCAACAAAAUCUGCAUUCAUAACAGCAGGUCCAGCUAAAGACAUUAUUGAAAUUGUCAUUUAA